UGAACAAUCGAACGCAGAAACAGCCAAAUGCUCUCACAACGGUCGCGUCCACUGCUACCGUUAGCGGCGGUAGCAGUGGGUUUUUUUCUUUCUUUCACAGUAAAUUGCGUUUUUAAAUCUUAGAAGUAUGUUGUUUAUUAGAAUAGCUGGUCUUGGAAGAUGAAACAAAUUUUUUUUCGCUUUUAAUGGAGAACAAAUAUCCCUCCAUACAACGUCGGUAGCCGAGCGGGUUUAGCAGUUGGUUCAUUUUGAUACCGAAGAGGCUCAUCUGUCCGCCGCUGCUGCUGCUCCCCCCUCAGCGGGGAUUUGGACAAAGCCAGUCAGAUGUUGGACGAUAGGAUAAAUAUCCGGAACUCUUCGCGUUUUUAGACCGGGUUUUGAAAUUGACUUUUCAAACUGAGGACCACUUGUAAAAGUGACGGCGGCGAGACAGUUUAGGAGGGCGAGAGUUUGGAUCUCGCACUGUGGGAAGGGGGAGGAAAAAGCCGCGGGGAAGAAGGGGCGAAGGGGGCCGAGAUCCUGAUGCCAGUGAUGGCAAACGAGCCGAUCAUCCUGAACGUUUAUGAUAUGUACUGGAUCAAUGAGUUCACCAGCUCUCUGGGCAUCGGAGUCUUUCACUCAGGGAUCGAGAUCUAUGGAAGAGAGUUUGCCUAUGGUGGACACCCAUACCCGUUCUCAGGGAUCUUUGAGAUCACUCCGAGCGAUGCCACUGAACUCGGCGAAACGUUUAAGUUCAAGGAAGCCAUCGUCCUGGGCAGCACAGACUUCACGGAGGAAGACGUGGAGCGGAUCGUGGAGGAGAUGGGGAAGGAGUACAAGGGGAAUGCCUACCACCUCAUGCACAAGAACUGCAACCACUUUUCCUCAGCACUUUCAGAGAUCCUGUGUGGCAGAGAGAUCCCUCGUUGGGUCAACCGCCUGGCCUACUUCAGCUCCUGCGUGCCGUUCCUCCAGAGCUGCCUGCCCAAAGAAUGGCUGACCCCUGCUGCCUUACAGUCCAGCGUGAGCCAGGAGCUUCACGGAGCGACCGGAGAGCUAGAAGAGGCCGAGGACGCCGCCGCCACCGCCUCCCUGGCCUCCAUGUCCCCCUCGGCCUCCUCCAGCCCCCCCUCCUCUCUGCCUCGACACUGUCGCCCGCAGCCCCGCAGGUAGAAGCAGGAGGUGGGGGGAGGGGGGGAAUCCCGGGCCUUCACCCCCUUUUCUUAAAGAGACAGUGACCUAACGGAGAAACCACAGCAGCCACAGCCAAAAGUCCUGUCAGACCAUUGAUUCAGGCGCCCAGACUCGCUCACUCCGCGUGGGAGCAUCGGGACAAUCUGACCCCGUCUGGACCUGUGGAAGGGUUCUCACUGAUCCCCAGAUGCCCCUGAAAACUCAAACCUGUUUCCACUCGUUUCUCCUUUACCUACAAACCACAUGCAGGUUGUACCAGCAUUUUACUUGUCACCCCCUCUACCUGGUUACAGUGUAAAAACAUCUCCGGAGGAAACUAUAAACUCCUUGGUACAUUGACACGGAAAA